CCAGGAGAUAUCUGCAGGCCCGUUGUCCACAAUAAUAUUUGAGAACUUGUCAGUCUACCAUGGCUACAGCAUCAUACCCUUCCCUGGCCGGCAAAGUCGCUCUGAUUACCGGUGCAUCUUCGGGCAUCGGCAGAGGAUGUGCGGUGACGCUGGCGCAGGAAAAGUGUCAACUGGUUAUAACUGGACGCAAUGUCGAGGCGCUGAAAGAGACCGCUGGGUUAUGCACGAGGCUGGGUUGGCGCAGGACAAGAUAUCAAGUUGCAGGCGACUUAAGCAAUGAUGAAGACUGCAAGCGCAUUGUUGACUCCACCGUCUCCAAGUUCGGCCGUAUUGAUAUUCUUGUCAACAAUGCAGCUAACCUCAACCACCACAUCCUCCAGGAAUUCUGGUCCCGGGACCGCUGGAACCUUGACAUGGGGAGUACGGACCGCCAGCAGAAUGUCAACACGAGGUCAAUGGUCCUCAUGUCCAAGCUGUGUCUUCCGCGUCUGAUUGAGGUCAAAGGGAACAUUGUGAACAUUUCCUCGUCGUUGGCUAUCAAACCG